AUGACGCCAGACUUUUCUCUCGUGCAAGAGCAGCCAGCGCAUGCAAAUACUACGUCUGUCAUCGACCUCCUAACUCAAUCAUCUUAUCCACAGCCACCCAAAAACAGCACCACAGCGACCUCCAAUUUUCCAUCCAUCCUUAAUCAGCUAUCGAACCUCUCCUCUGUCAACAAAGCAAUACCCAACAAUAGCUGUCCCUUCAUAUCGCGCCUUUCCACCGACGUCCGUACACAAAUUUACUCUUACCUCCUCCUCAACCCCAUACUCUCCAAAGCAGAAUGCAUCAGUCCCGAGACAGAUUUCGGCAUCAACCAAAAAUACCAACUCGAGCCAUCGAUUCUUAGAGCAUGCAAAGGAGUCUACGGAGAAGCAUCUACCGUUCUCUACGGUCUCAACACAUUCUACCUCGUCGCCAUGAAAAGCACUCGCAUGUUCCGUUUCACGCUUGCAGAUUUCAUCAGUGGAAGUGCACUUACGAGAUAUUGGAGAGAAAAUGCUGAUAUCUUUAAGGUUGCGCCUGGGUCUACCUUGUAUCUGUGUAAAGUACGUCAAUGGAGAGUUGAAGUAAGCUGGUAUGGAUCGCCUGGUCAAAGUGAUAUAUCUCUUCCUGUCGUUUCCAUGAAAACACACGAGGAAUACAAAUUCUCCAGAUUUUUACCGAUUGAUCCAAGAACUGGUUUACCGCCUGUUUCUGGACAAAGGAGAAGUCGAAAUCAAUAUUUGUUGAGACUUGGAACGCAAGAGGCGAGGGACUCAACUAUGCAGAAUACGCUUUCGUUUUUGAGACCGUUGCUCGAAUAUAGCUUGGUGCCUUUUUGUCAUUUGGUUACACUUUGUGAGGUACCACCUCAUACUCUGGAGAUUAUUAUUAGAGCAAAGAAGGAGGGAGAAGCUCCCAUACGAUCCGAAUAUCUGGGUAUGGUACCUACAGAAGCUGAGAAAUUGAGAUUGGUAAGACCGUUGGAGAUGUUACGAGGAGUGGGAAGUUUGGUGUUUACAUACGGUGAGAAGAGCCGUGGGAAUAACAUAUCAUCUGACGAAAACCCCAACGAAGACACUACACCACCCGACGAAGCUGCCAAUUCAAAUACCACACAAAACAACACACCACCCGAGAUCUCAAACUACCAACUCUACCAAUACUCAGGAAUCAUCCACCUAGUCACUUCCACAGCACAAAAUCCCGCAAUCGAAUCACCCUCCAAUAUAUACAACAAUCUUCUUUCCUACGCCCAAGCCUUCGAACGUUACGAGCCUUUCAAACAACACAUGGCAACCAACUGGCUCUACCCAAAUUCCUACACCAGCACUCCCAAUCCCUACAAAACCAAGAGUCCAAACCCCAUCCAAUUCUCAAAUCCAUUCGGUCCCCAAGACAACAACUACAAAUCUCACCCCAUAAAUCGAUAUCUCUCGAAUGCCGCAGCCGCAGUAAGAAGAUACGAUAUCAGUGCCUUGCGGAAUAACCGCAGCGCAGUGAUUGAGUACCUCGAACCACAAUAUACACGUAUCCUCUCCCAAGUCCAGAAAUUUCGCGCAUACACCGAGAAACAAACUCAAAAAUUCGGGCUCUGGAAAGAAAUUUCCAUACUCGAGAAGCAGAUACUUGAUUCUCAACGAGAGGGAGGUAACAGUGCGUUCAAUUGGCCUUCGAAAGCCCAUCCCGAAAAAAGAACAAAGAGUAUUGAUUUCUCAGAAGCAUUAGUGGUACUCGAAGAAUUCGCCGGGGCAUUUUCCCGCGAUAUGCCGCUCGAGACACGUCGUCAGAUUGCACUGAUCCGCUACGAAUAUUAUGGUCAUUAUGAAAUCAUGGAACGUGAAGUUGCGAUGCGGAAACUCCAGGAUAUGGUAGUGGAUAUGCCACAACCAUUUGAAGAAGCGGCUGUGGAAUUUAAGAAAUGGUAUGUGAUUGCUGCGAAUGAUAUGCAGAGACAGUUUUUGGAGAUUAGGAGAGCGAGGAGACGGGUGGUUGAGGAUGAUAGUGUGAGGGGGUAG